CAAGGGAAAAAAAGGGAUUUCCUUUUGGCCCCACGCGCGAAUGAACGAAACGCGCCGGGGUGGACGGCUGCGGCUCGCCUGUGCGCCUCCCGUUGCCGUCCAAAUCACCGAACGCCUUGAUAAAAAAAGAGGGAAAUUAAGGAAAUUAACGGUUGGAUUGCGUGUGGUCGCCUAGGGUUAGAGUGGUGAUUUGGAUUUAGACGACCGUCGUUAGAUAAGGAAAGAGAGGGCGAAAGUACUUUUUGGAAAUUUCUUGAGGGCUUCGAUUUAAUUUCCUCCGGAAUUGGAAGGCGACGGGAGCUGGAGCUGUUUCGAUCGAGGAAGGGGAAAAGAACCCUCCUCCCAGAUUAAGUUCAAGGAGGAAUUUCUCAUCUUCUCAAGGUUCUGGGAGGUGGAGCGAGGUUUCUCAAUCGGGCGAUCUGAGGAGGACUCGUGAUUCAGAUAAGUUUUCCUCUCUUGGCUGUUUCGAUUGAUUUCUGUCCGAAAGAGUGGUUUUUCGGGUGCAAGGUUUGGUUAGAUAGGUGCGGAAGGGGGAUUUGGGAAAACCCCGUCUCUUGAUUUGGCCUAUUCGUUUUGUUUGACGGAUUUUUUUGAGGCGGUUUUGUGGCUUAGCAAGGGAAGGAGGGAUCCUUGAUGCGGGACUAGGGUUUUUUCUAUCUCAGCUUGGGCAAUUAAGGGAAAACCCGUCAUCCCCAUCAGGUCCCAUUUGGCUGUGUUCAGAAGAUUGCUUUUUUCCUUGUCGGUGGAAUAUAUUGGGGAAAAGGUUGUUUGGCUUGCUGAUGUUGUAUAAUUAGGAAUUAUACCGCAGAACCCUUUCUUAUUUUACAGAAACUGUUGUAUCCAAGUUUUGUGUGGUCGAUCAAUCGAUAGUGGUGGAAGCAUACCAAAAAAGAAAAAAAAAAGAAAAAGAAAAAAAAAAAAGGUUUUUGGUUGGAGCUUGAGCUAGGGUUUCGAUUUUACUUGUGAAUUAGAAAUGGGUAAGCCUUCAGGAAAGAAGAAGAAGCAAUCAGGAAGCAAAGCCAGUGACACAAACUCAAAACACAGCCGGUCUUCUGAGCACAGCCCAAAGGUCCUUGAUGAGGACAUGACCAUCUUCAUUGACAUGGCUCAGGAUAUGAAAGAGGAGGGCAACAAGCUAUUCCAAAGGAGGGACUAUGAGGGGGCCAUACUUAAGUAUGAAAAAGCCAUUAAGCUGCUUCCCAAGAGCCACAUAGAUGUUGCCUACCUCCGCAGCAAUAUAGCUGCUUGUUAUAUGCAGAUAAGCCCGGCAGAGUACCACCGAGCUAUCAAUGAAUGUAAUCUGGCCCUCGAGGUCUCACCCAAGUAUACCAAAGCCCUCUUGAAGAGGGCGAGAUGUUUUGAAGCUUUGAACAGAUUGGAGUGGGCCUGUAGAGAUGUUGAUGUGGUUUUGAGUCUGGAGCCAAACAACCUCACAGCAUUGGAAAUUUCUGAACGGGUUAAAAAGAUAAUGGAGAAAAAAGGCAUCAAGUUGGAUGACAAGACAAUUAUAUCACCUCCAGAAGUUGUACCAUUGAAAGAGAAGUCGAAAAAGAAGAAGAGCCACAAAGCUGUGGACAAGGUAGUGGUAGAGGAGAAGCAUAGUGAUGUGAAGGAAGAACCCAUGAAGGUUGUGAAGUUAGUGCUUGGGGAGGACAUAAGAAUGGCUCAGAUACCAGCAACUUGUAGCAUGUUGCAGUUAAGGGAGAUUGUUCGAAACAAGUUUCCAGGCCCAAAGGCAGUUCUAGUUAAAUACAAGGACAGAGAAGGUGACCUGGUGACUAUUACUGCAUCAGAAGAGCUAAAGUGGGCCGAAGAAUCUGCAGACCCGCAGGGAUCAAUCAGGCUGUACAUCAGUGAAGUUAAUCCUGAACAAGAGCCAUUGCUUGGGGAGGCCAAAAAUGGUUCUGCGGUGCAAAACCUAGAUAGAAAUCUUAAUAGCAUUUCUGAAAAUGGAAGUACCAGAUAUGAUGAGGACAAGAGUUCUUCAACUUGUAUUGAUGACUGGAUUGUGCAAUUUGCUCGGCUAUUCAGGAACCAUGUGGGUUUUGAUUCUGAUUCAUAUCUGGAUCUUCAUGAGCUUGGGAUGAAGCUGUAUUCCGAGGCAAUGGAAGACACUGUCACAAGUGAAGAAGCUCAGGAAAUCUUCGAACUUGCUGAGGAAAAGUUUCAGGAGAUGGCAGCCCUGGCCUUGUUUAAUUGGGGCAAUGUUCACAUGUCUCGUGCAAGGAAGAGGUUGUUCUUGUCAGAAGAUGCUUCCAAGGAAUCAAUACUUUCACAAGUCAAAGCUGCAUAUGGAUGGGCUCAGGCAGAAUAUGUUAAAGCAGGAAAGAGGUAUGAAGAAGCAUUGAAAAUCAAACCAGACUUCUAUGAAGCCCUUCUUGCACUUGGGCAGCAACAAUUUGAGCAAGCAAAGCUUUCUUGGUACUAUGCAAUUGGAAGCAAGGUAGAUUUAGAGACCUGGCCUUCAGCAGAUGUUUUAGAGCUCUUCAACAAUGCUGAAGAUAAUAUGGAAAGGGGCACAGAGAUGUGGGAGGAGAUGGAAGAGCAGCGUUUAAAAGAACUAUCUAAGCCUAGCAAGGAAAAAACUCUGUUGCAAAAGAUGGGCUUGGAUGGAUAUUUCAAGGAUGUCUCCAAUGAUGAAGCUGCAGAACAGGCUUCCAACAUGAGGUCGCAGAUAAACAUUUUGUGGGGUACCAUGCUUUACGAGCGCUCUGUCGUGGAAUUCAAAUUAGGUUUUCCAAUUUGGGAAGAGUGUCUGAUGGCAGCUGUAGAAAAAUUCAAACUUGCAGGAGCUUCUCCAACAGAUAUUGCAGUUAUGAUUAAAAACCAUUGUGCCAACAAAACCACCCAAGAAGGUUUGGGCUUUAAGAUUGAUGAGAUAGUUCAGGCGUGGAAUGAAAUGUAUGAUGCUAAAAGGUGGAUGACUGGUGUUUCAUCUUUUCGGCUGGAGCCAUUAUUUCGGCGCAGAGUCCCCAAACUGCAUCAUGCACUGGAGCAUUUAUGAUUUAUUUAAAGUCUCUAGAGGCAGCAGGGAAUCAUAAUCAGUGAGUACUGAGGAGAUCUGCUAGGCUGGUUUUGCUAUUCUGUUGUCUGAGGUCCACUUGUAUUUGCAAAGAUAGAUGAUCAUUAUCUGGAAGAUUUUACUUGCAAAUCUCUAUAAAUUUCAUCCAGAUUCUUUUGCUGCCUGGGUGGUUAUAUUGGAUUUAUACGUGCUGAUAGAAAAGAGAGUAAUGGAUUUUAUAGCUACAGAACCGUUUGUAGAAAUCAUUCUUUGCAUUGGGUUCAGUUUGAGAAUCCCUCUGCAACAUAUGAUUAAUUUCCUAUAUGCUGGUGAUAUAGAGAAGCAUAAGUUUAUUUCUUUUGGAUUUGGACUGCAGCUGUUAUCAGUUCCUAUUUUUCAGAUUCAGGUGGUUUGCAAAAGAUUUGAGGAUUUUUCUUUACCCUGUCAUUACUAUGAUAUAAGGUGGUGGUGUUUUGAGUUCUGUACUUUAUAUCUGUGAGCAAGGUGUAAUGUGAUUAUUUAUAACUAUCUUUUACAUAAAAUAGGUGCAUAAGAACAAGAGUGAAUUGCAGCUUAAGAAAUUUAUAGUUUGAUUAUAUUUGAAAUAUCUGGUAUGUAGAUCUAGCGUAUUUAUCAUAUUAUGCCUGAAGGCCAAAGAUUUAAGUGACUAAUUUCUGGUAAUGAUAAUUUGUACUAUGACUUUCA